AUGAAUCAUACGUUGUACAAGGCAAUUGCCGAUCAGGUGGCCAAGAUGUCCUCUAAGUUUCUUAAACACCCGACGGCUAGUGCCGCAGACCUCCCAGAUUACGAUGAAUUAGAACAAGUCUUCGAGCAGAUUUCCAGUAUGGUACAGACUAACCAAUCCCAAAUAGUCAACAGUAUCGACAAAAUUUCCAAUUCUACUGCACAUGCGUUGGUAAACUUGUUUGAACAUCGCCCAAAAGUAAUCGAUUAUGCUGCUUUGAUUGUUCUCGCGACUAGUUUAGUCACGAUAGGGUGCUUUGCCUCCAUAACUUCCAUCCCAUACACUGCUCUACCUCCUACGCAACUUCAUCCACUUUUUGAUCCUUCGGACCUCGACUUGAGUCAGGAUUGUCGAAUCAUUCACGCCGAUGAGAAGAAGAAGAGUUUCACAGAUAGUUUAGAUGAAAGACAAGCGAUUAUCCUACCUUUAACCAGUGGAGUUACAUUAGUAUCUCUGUACUUUGUCAUUACUAAGUUGAGAAUCGAAUGGAGAACUUACUUAUUGAAGUUAUUAAAUUUUAAUAUCAUUGUCAUGACGUUCCCAGCAGGUGUACUGGUAUACCACUAUUUUGCAAGUACUGUCACCAGGUACUUGGCUCAUUGGAGCUCCUGGAACCCUCUGCUGAUCUCACCUCGUUACAGAGUUACCAUAUCCGAUGAUAAUGAAGAUAUUAACAGGGCUGGUUGGUUUAUUAGCAACUUUCAAUAUCGUGACGCUUUAACUAACGAGCUUGGUUACAAAAAUGUUAUUGAAAAGGUUAAGGAGGACUCAUCAGAGAGGCAAUUUUAUUUGAGAGAAUUCAGCAGACCAAAGGAUGUGAAAUCAGUUAGACAAUUUGCGAACAUGUAUCUCUCCAAUGGAAUGAUACUGGCGUCGAUUUUAUCAUUGAUCUCUACAGUUUGCUAUUUAUAUUUCCCCAACGAUUGGUUGAUUAAGAAUGUGAUCAGCAUGAAUUUUGCCAUCUGGGCCAUUUCGCAGUUGAAAUUGAAGAACUUGAAAUCAGGCGUUCUAAUUCUAACGGCAUUGUUCUUCUACGACAUUUAUUUCGUGUUUGGAACUAAAGUCAUGACCACAGUGGCACUCAACUUAGACCUGCCCAUCAAGCUUUCGAUGCCAUCCAAAUUCGACAAUGUACUGAACAGAUUUGAAUUCUCCAUGUUGGGAUUGGGCGACAUCGUACUACCCAGUCUGUUCAUUGCCCUAUGCUACAAAUACGAUAUCUGGAAAUGGCAUUACGUGAACACCGAUACCGAGUUUCACCUGCUAAACUGGGGUUACUUGGGACGGUAUUUCAGCACCGCGAUUUUAAGCUACGUGACGGCUUUGGCUGGGUGUAUGUUCGCUCUAGCAACUUCUGGCAAAGCUCAACCCGCUCUACUCUACAUUGUUCCACUUCUGCUCAUUUCCACGAUCACAGUUGCAUGGUUAAGCGGUGACCUGGCUCAAUUCUGGACUUUCCAGUACGACACCAUCGAGCUCGGCGAGAACAAGCUUGAUGCCGAUGAAGAUCAAGAUGAAGCUCCUAUGACUUACUCAGACUACUUAAAAUCCGAUUUGCUCACAACUGACAACGACGAUAAUGAAGAGUACACUAACCAGGAUGCCAUUAUCGACUACGAGAGUGACGAUGAUGAUGAAGCCAACGACGCAGACCCAAUUCCACAGGUUGACGCCGUAGCUUACAGACCUACUGAUAUCAUGGGCCUAUUAGACGAAGCUACGAAGGCCUCAGAGGACGAAGACGAAGAUUUUGUUCUUGAAGAAGACGACGACGACGCGAGCGAUUCAAGUACAGUUGUUCUCGCGGAUUAA